AUGCUCGGCUGCCGUGGCUGCCCAGGUUGCUGCUGCUGCUGCUGGAGGCAGCCACCCCAUGCCCUGAAGCUGUUGCUGUUGGUGCCUGUAGCAGCAGCCACAGAGGGUCCAAAUCGUUGUGAUACCAUAUACCAGGGCUUUGCGGAAUGUCUCAUCCGCCUGGGGGACGGCAUGGGCCGCGGAGGCGAGCUGGAGACUAUCUGCAGGUCCUGGAAUGACUUCCAUGCCUGUGCCUCCCUGGUCCUGUCUGGCUGCCCUGAGGAGGCAGCUGCCGUGUGGGAGUCACUACAGCAAGAAGCUCGCCGUGCCCCAAAUCCAGAUAACUUGCACACCUUGUGUGGUGCCCCCGUGCGCGUGUGGGAGCGUGGUGGGAGCCCAGAGACCAACCAGGAGACGUUGCGGGUGACAGGGCCUGCACCUGCCCCAGCCCCCACACCUUCCCUGUUGGCCGCUGCUUUGGCACUAGCUUGCCUCCUGGGGCCCCUGGCCUAG